AUGGAGUUUUACUUGGAGAUUGACCCUGUCACCUUGAACCUGAUCAUCCUGGUCGUGAGCUACGUCAUUUUGCUCUUGGUUUUCCUCGUCUCCUGUGUGCUGUAUGACUGCCGAGGCAAGGACCCCAGUAAGGAGUGUGCUCCUGAGGCCACCCUCGAUGCCCAGCCCUCCAUCCACUUGGUGGUGAUGCAGCCAAGUGCUCCAGGGGGCACCUGGGAAAGGGGGCCUGGCCUUCAUUUGGGGGAGCCUGCUCCACUAGGGAAGAAAAGCACGAUGGUGUGA